GUGAGCCGCGGGGCGGAAGUUGAGUCAGACCUGUUAUGGCGGCGGUGGAAAAACCUCGCUUCUGAGCAGGUCGGUGGAAAAACAUCCACGUUUUGACCGCAGUUCCUCCUCGCUGGUGAACGUGUAGUUCUAACGUUGAACCGACAACAUGGGCUUUGAAUAGCUUUUAUAACUUUGAGUUAGAAGACUUUACACCGGCAGCAGAAGGAGUAACGGACGCGGAUCGCGAGUCAUCCUCACAGGAAGGUAAACAACAACUGCGGCUUUUCCUGCAGCUGCAGCAGUCAUGUCUCUGGAUGAACACACAUCAGACUCGGCACCACUCUUCUCCGAUGACAGCGAGGCGGAGGGUCCCAACGGACCAGAUGCUCAGCAGCAUCCUGAAGAGGAGGCCAGUGGGGUGUCCCGGGUCCGCGCGGUUCUGAUCGUCUUAACCCUCUGUUACAUCAACCUGCUCAAUUACAUGGAUCGGUUCACUGUAGCAGGUGUUCUCCCUGACAUCGAGCAGUACUUUGGAAUUGACGAUGGAAAUUCUGGUCUACUACAAACAGUUUUUAUCUGCAGCUACAUGUUUUUGGCUCCAUUCUUCGGGUACUUGGGCGACAGGUACAACAGGAAGUACAUCAUGAGUGCUGGCAUCUUGUUCUGGUCCUCUGUGACACUCGCCAGUUCUUACACACCCAAAGAGCACUUCUGGGCGCUGCUACUGACUCGAGGUCUGGUUGGAGUCGGGGAGGCCAGCUACUCCACCAUCGCCCCCACCAUCAUCGCUGACCUCUACAUCAAGGAAAAGAGGACCAACAUGCUGUCCCUCUUUUACUUUGCUAUUCCUGUUGGCAGUGGUCUCGGGUACAUCGUCGGCUCUCAGGUCAGCAGUGCGACGAAGGACUGGCACUCGGCUCUGCGGGUCACCCCGGGUCUCGGUCUGGUCGCUGUGGUCCUGCUGCUGUUUGUGGUCCAGGAGCCUAAAAGAGGAGCGGUGGAGGCCCGGUCAGACAUGCACCAGACCAGCUGGCUGACCGACCUGCGGGAACUGAGCAGGAACUGCAGCUUCAUAUUGUCUACCUUAGGCUUCACAGCUGUGGCGUUUGUGACGGGGUCUCUGGCCUUGUGGGCGCCCACAUUCCUUUAUAGAGCCGCUGUCUUCACGGGACAGAAACCUCCGUGUGUGGAUGAGGCUCAGUGCUCCUCCUCAGACAGUUUGAUUUUUGGGAUCAUCACUGUCAUCACUGGCCUGCUGGGCGUGGCCAGCGGCGUGCAGGUGAGUCGGCAACUAAGGAAGAAGACGGCUCGAGCCGACCCACUGGUCUGUGCCGCUGGUCUGCUGCUGUCAGCACCGUUCCUCUACCUGGCCAUCGUGUGUGCUCAGACCAGCACUGUUGCCACAUACAUUUUCAUUUUCCUUGGAGAGACGUUUCUGUCCAUGAACUGGGCCAUCGUAGCUGACAUCCUGCUGUACGUGGUCGUCCCAACACGGCGCUCCACAGCCGAGGCUCUGCAGAUUGUGGUCUCUCACCUGCUGGGAGACGCAGGAAGUCCGUCCCUGAUUGGAGUGUUCUCCGACUCACUAAGGAAGACCGACUCGUUCCUCUGGCAGUUCCGCUCUCUGCAGAUCUCACUGUUGCUCUGCUCCUUCGUGGCUGUGGUGGGCGGAGCCUUCUUCCUUUUCACAGCUCUUUUCAUCGAGAAAGACCGCAAUCGAGCUGAGAAGUACAUCCCAUCAGCUGACGAGCCGAUCGUCGUGCCAAAAAGUGGGCGGUCCGCUCACGUGUCUGUGUCCAGUGUCCUGAUCUGACCUGUCUCCCUCCUGAUUGGACAAUCUGUAACAAAGACCGUUUUUAUUUGACAGUUUUAAUCGACGCGUCAUGCCCAGAAGACUUACGGAGAACCAUCUGGUCCUGUUUUCCAGACGUAAAUGAUGAACAUCUUCAUUGUUCAUUUAUCAGUUUAAAGACUCCGACUGAUCUGGGAUCAGCCACACAUCACUAUAACAACAUGUAGCCUUGUUUUAUAACUUCAUUAAUACCUUUAAUAUCACAUGUUUGUACAUAAUUUUAAUAAGAGAACUUCCUGCAACAGCAAGAAGGAAAUUCCGAUUCAAGAGGAAGGAAAUAUUUUUGCUUCAGAACUUUUUUAACUCUGUUACUGUUUGGUUUCUUUUGGUUUAGUGAAGUUUGUAGGUGAUGGAAACAGUUUUUAUUUGUAUUUUUUUCUAGAGUAACGUCGCCCUUCAGGUUAGAACUGAGCUGUUACAAUCACAGCUAUUUAAAAAAGAACAUAUGCUUUUAAAUUAAUGUUAAUCUCAAAUUAAUUUAGUUUCUUUUUGUGAAUUAUUAAAUGAGAUUUAACUUGUCAGAUGUUUGGACUUCAUGAAAGAUGCAGAUCAAAACAAAACAAGUCACCAAAUAAUAUUUUUUAGAAUGACAUUUCAAUCCAACACUGCAAACGUCUUCAUUAAUUUAAUAUUUGUGUUUCUAAAAUAACAAAAUAUAACCAGUAUAUGUGACUUUUGUUAUUUUAUUGUAACAUGAACGUGAAAAUGAUAAAAGGACUAACAUAUAAUGUUUAGUCAGCUUCAAAUUGUGCAAAUUUUCCCACUCAAGAUGAUGAGAGGCCUGCAAUGUUCGUCAUAGCUAAACCUCAACUGAGAGGCAAAAUGAGAAAAAAAAAUCCUGAAAAUCACACAGUCUGAUUUAGUAUUUAUUAGCAAAUUAUGGUGGAAAAUAAGUUUUUAAUUAAUGAAAGUCCAUCUCAAUACUUUGUUAUAGGCUCUUUAUUGGCAAAGACGGAUCAAACAUUUUCUGUAAGUCUUCACAAGGUUUCACGCACUGUUGCUGGUAUUUUGGCCCAUUCCUCCAUGCAGAUCUCUAGAUCCGUGAUGUUUUGGGGCUGUCGCUGGGAAACACAGAUUUUUACCUUCCCCCAAAGAUUUUCGACGUGGUUGAGAUCUGGAGAUCUGGCUAGGUCACUCCAGGACCUUCUUACAAGCCACUCCAUUUUUCGGGCGGUGCAUUUGGGAUCAUUGUCAUGCUGAAAGAUCCAGCCAUUUUUUAUCUUCAAUGCCCUCACUGAAGUAAGGAGGUUUUCACUCAAAUCUGAUGAUACAUGGCCCCAUUCAUUCUUUCCUUUACAUCAGUGGUACUCCUGGUCCCUUUGCAGAAAAACAGCACCAAAGCAUGAUGUUUCCACUCCCAUGCUUUACAGUAGGUACGGUGUUCUUUGGAUGCAGCUCAGCAUUCUUUCUCCUCCAAGCAUGAUGAAUAGUUUUUACCUUAAUGUUCUAUUUUGGUUUCAUCUGACCACAUGACAUUCUCACAGUCCUCUUCUGGAUCAUCCAGAUGCUCCCUAGCAAACUUCAGAUGGGUCUGCACAUGUGCUAGCUUAAGCAGGGGGACAUGUCUGCCACUGCAGGAUUUGAGUCUCUGGCAGCGUAGUGUGUUACUGAUGGUAGUCUUUGUAACUUUGGUCCCAGCUCUCUGCAGGUCAUUCACUAGGUCUGGAAUUGUUGCUCACCGUUCUGAUCAUUUUGACCCCACAGGGUGAGAUCUUGCAUGGAGCCCCUGAUGGAGGGAGAUUAUCAGUGGUCUUGUAUGUGUUCCACUUUCAAAUUUUAGCUCUCACCGUUGAUUUCUUCCAAGCUGCUUACCUAUUGCAGAUUCAAUAAUCCCAGCCUGGUGCAGGUCUACACUUUUGUUUCUGGUGUCUUUUGACAGCUCGUUGGUCUUGGCCAGAGUGGAGUUUGGAGUGUAACUUUUUGAGGUUGUCUUUUACACUGAUGAUGAGUUCCAGCAGGUGCCAUUAAUACAGGUAAUGAGUGGAAUACAGAGGAGCCUCUUAUAGAAGAAGCUACAGGUCUGUGAGAGCCAGAAGUAUUACUUGUUUGUAGAAGACCAAAUACUUAUUUUCCACCAUUAUUUGCAAUGUGUCAGGAAGCACAAGAAUGAAACAUAUUUAAAGGGAUUCUUAGCAACUUUUCAUAGUUUUAAAUCCUUUUCUUGAGCCAUUAUGUGCUAAAAUGACCCUGGAAGGAUGAGACCACCUGCAGAGAGUGAGUUAUCUCUAUGAUCCUCAUCCCAGCUGCUUCACACUCAGCUGCAAACUGCUUCAGUGAAAGCCAGAGAUCACUUUCUGGUGAAGCCAAAAGGACCACAUCAUCUGCAUAAAGCAGAGAUCUGAUCCUCUUACCAUCAAAAUGGAUUCACUCCACACCUUGGCUGCACCUAAAAAUCCUGUCCAUAAAAGUUAUGAACAGAAUCGGUGACAAAGGGCAGCCUUCGCAAUUUGGGGGCCCAGGGUGAACACAGACAUGGGGCCCCUUACACUAAAUAAUCGACAGUCUUAUCUUUAACUGGAUUUGUGAAAUGCUACCCGCUUCUGACAUGAGUCAUUUCACUUUUUAUUGUUUUUAUAGUAGUUACUGUGCCGCUUUUAUUACUUUCUUCCUGUGUGUUGAUUUUUAUGCUCUUUUACUGUGCAGCACUUUGAUGGCCUUGGCCGUGUAGAAAUGUGCUUUAUAAAUAAAAUGUAAAUGGAA